CAUCUCUCGUACAAAAUGCCAUCUGCGCCGUCGUCACUCGCGCCUCCGACAAAGCGUCGAAAGAUUACUGCUUCGUCGUCUGUCGUCAUUUCUACCAACUCACUGACUGUCUCAAAAAUCGCUGCACUCGAGUCGACCCUCACUGAAGCUAUAUCCUCGAACGAAUCCCUCAAUCCCUUAGCAGACUUGCUUCUUCUCACACGGACACUGGAAGACCCUAAAUUGGUCUCAAAAGCUAUCUAUGCAGUAUAUCGAAUCUUCGUACUGCUACUUGGGCCAGGAGGAAAGUUCGAGGGCAUCGUCAGCGAGGAGGGAAAGGCGGUCAGGGCGUGGAUUGUGGACAGGGUGAACGAGUACGCAGACUACUUGGGCGGAUUGCUCAAGGACGAAGAAGUCUCGCUUCGGACGUCUGCGCUCCAGAUUCUGUUUUCGUUACUCAAGCACCUCUCGACUUCACUGUCUAAAUCUUUUGCUGGCCAAUCACAGCCGCAGUUCCACGUUCCAUUUUUCAAAAAUAUUAUCUCCUUCCUUGUGCUCGCACCGUCAUCUCCUCGUCUCCUCCCCCGUCCAGAUAAUUCUUCACAAAAACAGACGAGCGAUGGUCUACUCGACUUGCACGUCCGUACCCUCUUUCUCGAUACUUGGCUGGAUGUUCAAGAUGAUAUCCGGUGGUUCUUUAUGCGGGAUGCCCAGCCCCUUCUCCUCUCCCAUUCCUCCCCGCAAGUCCGCCAAAACCUCCUCUCUCUCCUAGAGCGUAUCACCACGUUCCCAACAGAAGCCAAAGAACUCAACUCUUGGUGGGUCGAAGAGCUUGGCGCAAAGCCACCCAAACCAAAAUCUACAAAAUCCAAAUCCAAGGCUAAUCAACCGGCCGGCACCCUGUCGGAGUCUGAGUCUGACGAUGAGCCCGCGGAGGAUAAUGAAGGCGGUGGCGAAGACGACUGGCGAAAAUUCUUCGACGAGCCAAAGGAUGGAGAUGACACGAAGUCGAAGAAAGGAGCCAAAGCUGGUCCAUCAGUGAGGUUGAACAAACUCACUGUUCAUCAGUCCCUGCACUCCCUUCCUUCGCACCGUGCCGUCUUCACCAGGUUAUGGCUUACACUCCUCCCACAAUUGCGGAUAUCGACUGAAGGGAAAGGGAAGGCUACAGAUAAUGAAGCGAAGAACGCGGAGAGGGAGAAGAAGAGGAAGACGGAGGAGGAUAUGGUGAUACGAGCGUUGAAUGUGAUGCACAGGGGGGUCAUGCCACAUCUGACAAGGGCCGUGAUGUGUAUGGACUGGGUUGGUGGGUGUGUGGACUAUGGUGGCGUGAUCGGGCUUCUGGCAUUGAAUGCACUUUUCGUUCUGAUGAAAGAGUACAACCUGGACUACCCAUCGUUCUACACACGGCUGUACUCAUUCCUUGAUAAGGACUUGCUAUAUUUGAAGCACCGCGCACGCUUCUUCCGUCUCACAGAAUUAUUCCUGUCAUCCACACAUCUUCCCGCAACACUUCUCGCGUCCUUUGUCAAGCGCCUCGCUCGUCUGUCGCUCUCAGCACCUCCGUCAAGUAUCGUCAUCGUCAUACCGUUCGUCUAUAACGUUCUUAAGCAACAUCCGGCGUUGAUGGUUAUGAUACAUCGGGAGGAAGCAGAGGAUGCGGGAGAAUUCAAUGACCCGUUCGAUUUCGCCGAAUCAAACCCGAACCUCACCAACGCCCUGAAUUCGUCGCUCUGGGAGAUUCAGGCCCACACGAGACAUUACCAUGCUGGUGUGUCGACACUGGCAAAGAUUUUCGGAGAGGCUUUUACGAAGCCGAAUUAUCCGCUGGAGGACUUUUUGGACCAUACAUAUGGAACGCUCUUUGAUGCGGAGGUCAAACGGCCCAUCAAGAAAGAGCCGGCCUUACGGGAUCCACUCGUCGCUUCGAAGGAUGUCUUUCCGUCCAAGCCCGUGCAUGCAGCAGGAGAUGGCGUGCAGGCCGGGGCAGUGAAUUUCUUGUGGACCUUCACUGAUGUUUAGAAUACCGUGGUUAUUGAACAUCAAAAUAAAACCGAG